UUAGAUUAGAUCGUACACUGUUGUGCUCAGAGCAACAAAAUAGCAAAAUCUAAAGCACAAGUUACCCUUACCCAAAAUCUCUGGCACGUUUUGGUGUUUGGGGUUUGUUUUCUCUUUAUGAAAGAGAGCACACUGUUCCUCUCCAAUAAGUCCCCAGAAUGACUAGGCCAGGCCCGAGGCCGUAUGAUUGUGUGAGAAGAGCUUGGCACAGUGAAAGACACCAUCCCAUCAGAGGAACUCUCAUUCAAGAAAUUUUCAGGAUUGUCAAUGAGAUACAUGGCUCUUCUACUAAGAAGAAUAAAGAGUACCAAGAGAAGCUCCCUGUUGUUGUGCUCAGGGCAGAAGAAAUUAUGUACUCUAAAGCAAAUUCAGAGGCUGAAUACAUGGACCUUACAACACUUUUGGACAGAGCAAAUGAUGCAAUUGAUACAAUAAUUCGACGUGAUGAGCAUGAUGAAACUGGAGAGUAUUUGCAGCCUUGCAUUGAAGCUGCUCUGAGUUUGGGUUGCUCCCUAAGAAAAGCUUCAAGGAGUCAACGCGACAGUCCAAGAUGUUAUCUGGGACGCAGCACUGAAGAGGAUCUCAAUGUUUCUCAUGACUCAUUGCAGAACGGUAAUAGAAGGGAUCAUAAAACAAAGUCGCAAUAUGUGUCUGAGUUUGUACCUUCAUCUAGUAAAAAGCAGUGCUUGGAACAUCGACAACCAUCAAAUUUGCUUUCAGUUUAUCCCUUAUAUUAUGGGAACAACAUCCAACGCCAACAUGGUUUAAAAGUCUCACUUUCUAACACUUCUGGACCUGCCAUUCUAGGUGGUGCUCAGAAUCUCCUUGCCCGUAAUGUAAAUCCUUCAAGUCAGAAAUCUCAAUCGUUGAUUACUAAUGGGGAUCCUGAGAAUCCUUGUGCAAACAAAUGUGAUCUAUCUUUGAGGUUAGGCCCCCCUCACUUUACCAGCCCCUAGUUUUGAAAAUGGACAGGUCCAGGAGACUAAAGUGAGAAACAAGUUAAUUGUUCGAACCUCCCAGAAGGGUAACAAAAUGGAGCUUCAAGUUUAUUGUUUGAAUCUGGAUUUUAUAAAGAUGGCCCAUUUUUGUUUGCAGCCACAAAUAGUGUGUAGUAACUUGAGAAAUUCAGGUUUCUAGAUUUGUGCUUUGCUACGCUUCUUGAACUGGCUAGGCAUUUUUAUGUAUACACUAGAGGUUGACUAUAUGAA